UAUAAAUCCAAUAACAUCUUCACCAGAAAAGAGUGCCUCGACCUCUCCGGAAAUCUAGGCUCCGCUCCUUCAAUUUGUCGACGCGGCCUUCUCAGUAGGAAUAGGGCGAGAAAUGGAUCUCUCUGUUCUUCAAGGGUUCACGAAGUCGCUCGCGAUGACGGUGCUAUCAGAAAUCGGUGACAAAACCUUUUUCGCAGCUGCUAUCUUGGCAAUGCGUCACCCUAGAAGACUUGUAUUGUCAGGCUGCCUUGGAGCACUGAUUGUUAUGACUAUUUUAUCAGUUGUUGUUGGUUGGGCUACUCCAAAUCUGAUCUCACGUAAGUGGACUCAUCACAUCACAACAUUGUUGUUUCUCGGGUUUGGCCUGUGGUCUCUGUGGGAAGCCUUUAAGGACGGGGAAGCUGAAGAAUUUGCUGAAGUUGAAAAAGAAUUGAAUGCUGAUUUAAAAAGUAACAGUGGAGCAACCAAAGGGAAUAACAAGAAUGCUGAUUUAAAAAGUAACAGUGGAGCAACCAAAGGGAAUAACAAGGAUGCAGAUGACCUGAAAAAGCAAUACCGGCCCUUUCUCACUCAAUUCUUUUCACCCAUCUUGCUUAAGGCCUUUUCAAUUACUUUCUUUGGAGAAUGGGGUGACAAGAGUCAAAUCGCCACAGUAGGAUUGGCUGCAGACGAGAAUCCUUUGGGUGUUGUUCUUGGUGGAAUCCUUGGACAAGCUUUGUGUACUACGGCUGCAGUCCUGGGAGGAAAAAGUCUAGCAACUCAAAUAUCUGAAAAAAUAGUCACACUCUCUGGGGGAGCUCUUUUCAUUGUUUUCGGGAUUCAGUCUCUUCUUUCAACGGUGGAUUCGUAAAGGCUCCAAAAUUACCUAAAGAAGAUGAAGGUAAUUCAUUCUGGCUAAAGACACAUUUAGGCAUUAUAUAGGUGGAGUAAUUGUUCAACAGUUUAGGAGAUGAAAUGCUAGUCUUUAUAGCAGUGCUACCAAAUUAUUCUAAGAUCUAACUGAUCAGAAGAGAAGUUGGAAAUCAUUCAAAAGUUGGAGAUUGUUCUAUUUUUCUCCAUUUUAUGAAUUUGCCGAUUAUCUUUCAGUGACACCAGGAUCUGCAUUAGUAUUAUGACCCGAUAAACAUUUGAUUUAGUUCGCUGCAGUGUAUCAUUUUCAUAGAAGUUUGAGAAAAGGAGCUUAUCAGAUGUGUCAAUUUCAUGACUUUUCUGAGUUGGGAUAUUUUAUUUGGUUUCUUACUUUCUUUAA